AUGCUGCACGCCCUCUCCCGUGCCGCGCGGUCGGUGGGCCCGCGGACCCUCACCCCGGCCCAGGCACAGCAGCUGCGCUUCCUGAACAUCCACGAGUACCAGGGUGCGGAGCUGAUGAGCGAGUAUGGUAUCAACGUGCCGGAGGGCAAGGCCGUGACCACCCUUGAGGAGGUCCUGCCGGCUGCCAAGGCGCUGGCCGACGACAAGAACGAGGUCGUCAUCAAGUCCCAGAUCCUGGCGGGCGGGCGCGGCCUGGGCACCUUCAAGUCCGGCUUCAAGGGCGGUGUGCACAUCGUACCCGUAGACAAGGCCCGCGAGGUUGCCGCAAAGAUGCUGGGCGGCACGCUGGUGACCAAGCAGUCCGGGGAGAAGGGCAAGCCCGUGAACACGCUGUACCUGGCACGCAAGAUGGCGCUGGAGCGGGAGAUGUACUUUGCCAUCCUGCUGGACCGCAAGACCUCCGGCCCCGUCAUCAUCGCCUGCAGCGAGGGAGGCACCAGCAUCGAGGACCUGGCCGAGAAGUUCCCGGAGAAGAUUGUCAAGGUGAACGUGGACGUGUUCCGGGGCCUGACCCCCGACCAGGCACGGGAGGUGGUGGCAGGCCUGGGCGUGCGCACCGACCCCGAUGCCGCUGCGGAGCAGAUCCAGGGCCUGUACCGCCUCUUUGUCGAGCGCGACUGCACCAUGGUGGAGGUCAACCCGCUGGCGGAGACGGCGCAGGGCCUGAUCGCGGCCGACGCCAAGCUUGGCUUCGACGACAAUGCCGCCUUCCGCCAGAAGGACCUCUUCGCGCUGGCCGACGCCAGCCAGGAGGAUCCGCGCGAGGUGGAGGCGCACAAGUACGACCUCAACUACAUCGGCCUGGACGGCAGCAUCGGCUGCAUGGUCAACGGUGCGGGCCUGGCCAUGGCCACCAUGGACAUCAUCAAGCUGCGGGGCGGCUCCCCCGCCAACUUCCUGGAUGUCGGCGGCAACGCCUCCGAGGAGCAGGUGGUGGCGGCCUUCAAGCUGCUGACCUCCGAUCCCCAGGUCAAGGCCAUCCUGGUCAACAUCUUCGGCGGCAUCAUGCGCUGCGACGUGAUCGCCUCGGGCAUCGUGAACGCGGCCAAGCAGGUGGGCGUCAAGGUCCCUCUGAUCGUGCGCCUGGAGGGGACCAACGUGGAGGAGGGCAAGCGCAUCCUGCGGGAGUCGGACGUGGACAUCAUCGCCGCCAACGACCUGGACGAUGCCGCCAGCAAGGCCGUGGAGUCCCUCCAGUGA